UAUACUCCUCCUUCCCACCCUCUUUCCGUAUCCCCAACCUUUAAGAAAAACACAAAAUAUCAUUUGUCAGAGCUCAGUCUGGUGAAGUGGCUGCCUUCUGAACCAUGGUCCAGUCUCAGUCCAGCUGGGACCACAGACAGGAGAUCUUCUUGGGAAGUAGACCCUGACAAACACCUUUUUUUUUUUUUAAAUUGCCACUUUUUGUUUUUUCAGCUGCAGGACAAAAGGAUUCAGAACACACCAGACAGGAAACAGAAAGCUGGGACAAACAAGGAGAGAUGAGUCCUGAAGACUGCUGCUCCAUGAAGUCAAAAUACCACAUUCACAUGAAACUAUAACAGGAGGAAUCCCACCCCCACUACCAGUUACAACAAGGGAGGUCUGGAGGGAUUUGGAGGAAACACCAGCAGGCGUCCGUCUAUCAAUCCGACCAGCCAGAAGCGAUGCAGGGGCUGAUCUGGAGUGUCUGCACCCUGCUCUGUCUCUCCCUCUGGGAGCAAAGUUACUGCAGGAGCUCCAGGGAAAAAAGAAAAGAAGCCUCUCUCCUCAGGAAUAAAAGAGCUCCGCUGGACCCUGAUGCCAAAAAGUGUUCUUACACCUUCCUGGUGCCUGAACAGAGGAUCACAGGUCCAAUCUGUGCCAGCACCACAGGUCCUGAGCCAGAUAAGGACAGAGUGACACGCAUCGACAUAGCGGACGUGAGAGAAGUGCUCAACAAGCAGCGACGUGAAAUUGAAACCCUGCAGCUGGUGGUCGAUGUGGACGGCAACUUGGUGAAUGAGAUGAAGCUGCUGAGAAAAGAGAGCAGGAACAUGAACUCCAGGGUGACCCAGCUCUAUAUGCAGCUGCUACAUGAGAUCAUCAGAAAGAGAGACAACUCUCUGGAGCUGGCCCAGCUGGAGAAUCGUGUCCUCAAUGUGACCUCGGAGAUGAUGCGUCUGGCCUCCAGGUACAGGGAACUGGAGGCCCGCUUUUCCGCAAUGGCUGGAGUGGUUAACAACCAGUCCAUUCUCAUCAGUGCAUUGGAGGAACAGUGUAUUAGGACCCUGGGGCGCAGGGAGAUGCCUGUAGUUCCCCCGCUGGUACAAGUCGUACCACAGAAUAUACCAGUUAACAACCGUUUCACUAACGAGAUACAGAGAGACAAUAACAAUCGGGCCUUUACCCGUGGCUCGCGAAUGAACGUGCCGACUUCAAGCCCGUUUGGUCUCGAUCCUCCACCACCACAAGGGACACUGACCUCUGAUGGUCCCUUCAAGGAUUGCUACCAGGUUCGACAGGCAGGCCACAGUACCAGUGGAAUGUACUUGCUUAAGACAGACAGCAGUGACCAGUUGAUCCAAGCCUGGUGUGAACAUGGUCUAGACAAUGGUGGAUGGACUGUGUUGCAACGGAGGAAAGAUGGUUCUGUUAACUUCUUUAGAAACUGGGAAAACUACAAAAGAGGCUUUGGAAACAUAGAUGGUGAGCACUGGCUUGGGCUGGAUAACAUCUACAACUUGGGCAAACAGGGUGACUAUAAACUGAUGAUCGAGCUGGAAGACUGGACAGGCAAGAAGGUGUACGCAGAGUACAGCAGCUUCCACUUGGAACCAGAAAGCGAGGGCUACCGCUUGAGGCUGGGCACCUACCAGGGCAAUGCUGGGGAUUCCUUCAGUAGCCAUAAUGGCAAACAAUUCACCACACUAGAUCGUGACAAGGAUGCCUUUUCUGGAAACUGUGCCCACUUCCAUAAAGGUGGGUGGUGGUACAAUGCUUGUGGCCAGACCAAUCUGAAUGGUGUAUGGUACAGCGGAGGAGUAUACCGUAGUAAAUUCCAGGAUGGAAUCUUCUGGGCAGAAUAUGGAGGUGGUUUCUAUUCCCUUAAAUCCGUUCGCCUGAUGAUCCGACCAAUUGACUAAAAACCUUGGAGCAUGACUCUCUUCAACUGACUUUUGGACCUUGAAUUUGGUCCUUUAUUUUGACUGUUCCAUAAAGAAUAGGACUGUAAUAGCAGAAUCAAGCACUUCUGCCAUUGUUCAGCUGUGUCCUGUGAAUACCUAUUUGACACAGACAAGAGACAUGUUUAUUGCAGAGACACCAACUGGACUGGUUUGCUGCAACUCGAAUGCUGAGACCAAAGAAUGAUGCCACUGCUUUCCAUCAACAACUGCUUUCCUCCACCCAUGAGUUUGGACAGUAAUGGUCCAUGAACCUUCCCUGGGACCAUUAAGUGUUAUUCUUGAGUGCCCUAUUUUGCUGACAGUUGAAAGUCAAUAAGUAGCAAAGGGAAAUGGGUAAUUUCUAACAACAAGUUUUCUUCUGAGCAGCUAAUGUUGACUCCCUGAAAGCAGUGAAGGCCAUACCAUGGCUUAUUUGAGUUAGUUCAAUUUUUAAUGUUAUUAGCAUGAAAAAUAGGAAAAUGUAUAUAUUGUCAGAAUGACUCUUUAAAAGGCAGGCCUUGGUACAUUUACUGUCUUCUACUGCUAUUAUUUGGUGCACAUUUUUGCUGCACAUUUGGAGCUUCAUACAUCUCCAAAUUAGAAAACAUUGGGACUGCAUGGAAAAACACAGACAAAAAAGAAAAACCAAAUAGUGAUUUUUACAUUUAGUUUGACUUUUAUUUCACUGCAGACUGUAUGAACCCAAGAUAUUUCAUGUUUUGUCUGGUCAACAUUAAGUUUAACAUACAUCCAUUGCUGCAUUGAAGGCCUGCAACACAUUCCAAAAAAAACUGGGAUACCAAAGCAUUGAACAUUUUGUAAUGUUGCCACUUAGGAUGUUUAUAUUGAGGAUACCAAGUGAUGAAGCAUUUCAGGUGUUAUUUUGUCCCAUUCUUCAGAUGCACGUUAAUGGGUGCAACAGUACGGGGUCAUGAUUGUAUUUUUCAUUUCAAAAUUCUCAACGCGUUCUCUAUUGUGGACACGUUAGUACUGCUGAAGACCAGCCCAGUAUCCAUACUCUAAACACCUGUAGAAAUUGGCUAAGUAAUGUGUGCAGAUACUGUUUUGCAUUGUGUUGCUGAAAAAUGCAUGGAUGCCCAAGUAGCAUGUGUUGCCCGUACGUUAAACUUUCUGCAUUAAUGCUGCAUCGCCACAACCCCAUACGAUGGCAGACCCUGGCUUUGGAACUUAUUGUUCAGAACAAUGUGGAUGGUCCUUUUGGUCUUCAUUCCGGUGCACAAAGCAUCCAUAUCUUAAAAAAAAAACCUUCAAAACUGAUUCAUCUGACCACAAUAUACAUUUCCAGAGCUGUGAAUGCUACUUCUGGACAAGGAUAACAAGG